AUGAUGGUACCACCUGAAGGAAUCCUGGCUAGUCCUGAAAAACUCCUGUUCAUCGUUGAUGGCUUUGAUGAACUGAGGUUUUCCUUGGAUCAGACAAAAAAUAAGCUGUGUUCUGACUGUGGCGAAAGGAAGCCAGUGGAAAUCAUUCUGAGCAGUUUAUUUCAGAAACUCUCCUUAGAGGAGCAUUAUGCAGAAAUAAUGGGCUUUUCAGAUGCUGAGAAGGAGGAAUAUUUCCACAAGUUCUUCAGGGAUGAAGAGAAAGCAGUAAAAGCCGUUACUUUUGUCAAAAGAAAUUACACUUUCUUUGCCAUGUGCCUUGUACCCAUUGUGUGUUGGACCAUCUGCACUGUCCUUGAACAAGAACUUAAUGAAGGAAAGAUCUUGUCCAUUUCUAGAACAACCACAGAGCUGUACGUGCUGUACCUUUCCAGCUUACUCAAGUGUGAGAGUGACAAUCUAAAGCAGGAUAUGAAGAAGUUCCUGAGCAGACUUUGCUGCAUGGCUGCUGAUGGAAUCUGGAAGCAGGAGAUCCUGUUUCAUGAAAAGGAGAUUGAGGUCACCAUCUAUGGGGACCUGGCCACAGUGCUCGGUACCAGCCAGAGCUUGAGAGAGCUGGACCUUGGUGAAAAUGAGCUGGGAGACCCUGGAUUGCAGCUGCUGUGUGAGGGGCUGAAACAUCCUUCCUGGCAGCUGCAGAUUGGCAAGAUGUCAACUGCCAGCACCUGUGGGGACCUGGCUGUGUUGCUCACUACCAAGCAGAGCCUGAGGCAGCUGAACCUGGAAGGAAAUGAGCUGGGAUACCCUGGAUUGCAGCUGCUGUGUGAGGGGCUGAAACGUCCUUCCUGGCAGCUGCAGAUGCUGCGAUUGUGGCAUUGUCAACUCACCAGUGCCAUCUGUGGGGACCUGGCCACAGUGCUCAGCACCAGCCAGAGCCUGAGGGAGCUGGACCUUGGUGAAAAUGAACUGGGAGACCCUGGAUUGCAGCUGCUGUGUGAGGGGCUGAAACAUCCUUCCUGGCAGCUGCAGGUGCUGUG